AUGAGUGAGGAUAAUGAGGAAAUUAAAAAUGAAUGCAAUAUUCAAGAUAAUGAGAAAAGUACACCAGAAAAAAGACGAAAUGAUACAGAAAAUUGCAUUAAAGAUCAAAUAGAUUUUUUAAAUUCGUUUAAAGAUUUGCCAAAAAAGAAAUUUAAGAGGGAAAAAGUUUUUAUAAAAACACUUUCUAAUGAAAAUUUAAUUGUAAUUUUGUGGGUUGAAGAAGAAAGUUCUGUUUAA